ACAUGGCCCAGAACCAUCUCUCGAAUUAUCAAGGAAUAUAAAAUUGAUACUCAACCCUCCAUGAUCACACAGCUGUUCACAAUAACUUUUUGAGUAUCACAGCAUGUGUUUUUAUUAUCAAUAUAUCUUUUGACCUUGGAAGUCGCAGAUAAUUUCAAGAACUAAGAAGAAAAGCUGAUGUAUUCACUUACAUCAUUGAAGCGUGUCAGUUUGAACAAUGUAUAACUAUAUAUAUGUCUGCAAGUCAAAACAGUUAGGCUUACCUAUCAAUUAGACUUUUGAGUUUCUGAUAACAGAGAGCUCAAACUCAUUAAGCCACAGCCAUGGCUAAUAUGGCUGGAGCAGACGAGAUUGAGUCGUUGAGAGUGGAGCUUGCAGAGAUUGGAAGAAGCAUCAGAUCAUCGUUCCAUAGACACACCUCGAGUUUCAGAAGCGGCUCUUCGAGGUAUGAACCUGAUCAUGAUGGUGAGGGCAAUGAUACUAAUGCAGAGUAUGCUCUGCAAUGGGCUGAGAUCGAGAGAUUGCCAACCGUGAAACGCAUGAGAUCGACUCUCCUUGAUGAUGGUGAUGAGUCCAUGACUGAGAAAGGAAAAAGAGUCGUUGAUGUCACGAAGCUUGGAGCCAUGGAACGCCAUCUGAUGAUUGAGAAACUCAUCAAACACAUUGAGAAUGAUAAUCUCAAGUUGCUCAAGAAAAUCAGGAGAAGAAUAGACAGAGUUGGAAUGGAGUUACCGACCAUAGAAGUGAGGUAUGAGGGUUUAAAAGUGGAGGCAGAGUGCGAGAUUGUUGAAGGGAAGGCACUUCCAACACUGUGGAACACUGCUACGCGUGUUUUGUCUGAACUGGUGAAGCUCACUGGUGCAAAAACACGAGAAGCCAAGAUAAGCAUUCUUAAUGAUGUCAAUGGCAUUAUAAAACCGGGAAGGUUAGUAGUCGUCUUCUUGCAAGUUCUGAUCAAACCUUUAUGCCAUCAAAGUGUGUUUAAUAAAUCUUCUUGCUCUUGCAGGUUAACAUUGUUGCUUGGUCCUCCUGGAUGUGGAAAAACGACUCUGUUGAAGGCCUUAUCAGGAAACUUAGAAAAUAAUCUAAAGUGUUCAGGUGAAAUCUCCUACAAUGGGCAUAGACUUGACGAGUUUGUUCCUCAGAAAACAUCGGCGUACAUAAGCCAAUAUGAUCUGCACAUUGCUGAGAUGACAGUGAGGGAGACAGUCGACUUCUCAGCUCGUUGUCAGGGUGUUGGAAGCCGAACAGAAAUUAUGAUGGAAGUUAGUAAAAGAGAAAAGGAAGCAGGAAUCAUUCCUGACACAGAAGUGGAUGCUUACAUGAAAGCAAUAUCUGUUGAAGGACUUGAAAGAAGUCUGCAAACAGAUUACAUCUUGAAGAUUCUUGGACUCGACAUUUGUGCAGAAACUUUGAUUGGAGAUGUGAUGAGGAGAGGCAUAUCAGGGGGCCAGAAGAAGCGUCUUACCACAGCCGAGAUGAUCGUUGGUCCAACAAAGGCACUGUUUAUGGAUGAAAUAACAAACGGCUUAGACAGUUCCACGGCUUUUCAGAUUGUUAAAUCUCUUCAGCAGCUGGCUCACAUAUCAAACGCUACUGUUGUUGUUUCGCUUCUUCAACCUGCUCCAGAGUCCUUUGACCUCUUUGAUGACGUUAUGCUGAUGGCCAAGGGGAAAAUAGUGUAUCAUGGCCCACGUGGUGAGGUCCUGAACUUCUUUGAGGAGUGUGGAUUCCAAUGCCCUGAAAGGAAAGGUGUUGCAGACUAUCUCCAGGAGGUUAUAUCAAGAAAAGACCAAGUUCAAUACUGGCGUCACGAGGAUUUACCUUAUAGCUUUGUCUCAGUAGACAUGUUGUCGAAGAAAUUCAAGGACUUCAGUAUAGGGAAAAAGAUUGAGGAAGCUCUGUCUAAACCAUAUGAUAGAUCAAAAAGCCAUAAGGAUGCUCUUUCCUUCAGCGUGUACUCUCUACCAAACUGGGAGAUGUUUAUAGCUUGCAUAUCAAGAGAGUAUCUUCUCAUGAAGAGAAACUAUUUCGUCUAUAUAUUCAAGACGGGUCAGCUUGUGAUGGCAGCAUUCAUUACUAUGACUGUGUUUAUCCGAACAAGGAUGGGUAUUGAUAUCCUUCAUGGAAACUCUUACAUGAGUGCCCUCUUUUUCGCCGUCAUUAUCCUUCUUGUUGAUGGAUUCCCUGAGUUGGCUAUGACGGCUCAACGCUUAGCUGUAUUUUACAAACAGAAGCAGUUGUGUUUCUAUCCAGCAUGGGCUUAUGCAAUCCCUGCAACGGUGUUAAAGGUCCCACUCUCGUUACUUGAAUCAUUCGUUUGGACUGGACUCACUUACUAUGUCAUUGGGUACACCCCUGAAGCCUCCAGGUUCUUCAAGCAGUUCAUUCUACUAUUUCUUGUUCACUUCACUUCGAUAUCCAUGUUCCGGUGUCUAGCUGCAAUCUUCCAGACAGUAGUUGCCUCAGUCACAGCUGGCAGUUUUGGUAUAUUAAUCACAUUUGUCUUUGCCGGUUUUGUCAUUCCACCACCUUCUAUGCCGGCAUGGCUCAAGUGGGGUUUCUGGGCAAAUCCAUUGAGUUACAGUGAGAUUGGGCUAUCGGUAAAUGAGUUUCUUGCUCCAAGGUGGAGCCAGAUACAACCAAGUACUAAUCUUACCUUGGGGAGAAGCAUACUCGAAAGCCGUGGACUGAACUACGAUGGUUAUAUGUAUUGGGUAUCACUCUGUGCCUUGGUGGGUUUCACUGUGCUCUUCAACACAAUUUUCACUCUGGCGCUGACGUUUUUGAAAUCACCGACAUCAUCACGAGCCAUGAUCUCACAAGAAAAACUCUCUGAGCUGCAAGGAACAGAAGGUACAACAGACUACUCUUCCAUCAAGAAAAAGACUACAGAUUCCCCUGUAAAAACAGAAGGCAAGAUGGUGUUACCUUUCAAGCCCCUCACUGUGACAUUUCAAGAACUGAACUACUUCGUUGACACUCCAGUGGAGAUGAGAGAGCAAGGAUUUGCUAACAAGAAGCUGCAACUUCUCACAGACAUCACCGGAGCUUUCCGUCCGGGAAUCCUAACGGCGUUGAUGGGAGUGAGCGGCGCCGGAAAGACCACACUCCUCGACGUCCUAGCCGGAAGAAAGACCAGCGGAUACAUAGAAGGCGACAUCAGAAUCAGCGGCUUCCCUAAAGUCCAAGAAACGUUCGCUAGAGUCUCAGGCUACUGCGAGCAAACAGAUAUUCACUCACCAAACAUCACCGUCGAAGAAUCCGUUAUCUACUCCGCUUGGCUCCGUCUCGCUCCUGAGAUCGAGUCCGCAACCAAAACCGAAUUCGUGAAGCAAGUGCUGGAGACGAUCGAGUUAGACGAGAUCAAGGAUGCUUUGGUGGGAGUCGCCGGAGAGAGCGGAUUAUCGACGGAGCAGAGGAAACGGCUUACGAUCGCGGUGGAGUUGGUGGCGAAUCCGUCGAUCAUCUUCAUGGACGAGCCUACGACGGGACUCGACGCAAGAGCAGCCGCCAUUGUUAUGAGAGCUGUGAAGAACGUAGCUGACACUGGACGAACCAUCGUCUGCACUAUUCAUCAGCCUAGCAUCGAUAUUUUCGAAGCUUUCGACGAGUUAGUCCUUCUUAAAAGAGGUGGUCGCAUGAUCUACACAGGACCACUAGGCCAAAACUCAUGUCACAUUAUCGAGUAUUUUGAGAAUGUUCCUGGAGUUCCUAAAAUAAGAGACAACCACAAUCCAGCAACAUGGAUGCUUGAUGUUAGUUCACAAUCUGCUGAAGUUGAACUUAGUGUCGAUUUCGCUAAAAUCUACAAUGAGUCCGCUCUUUUCAAGAGCAACUCAGAGCUUGUGAAACAGUUGAGCCAACCAGAUUCAGGGUCAAGUGAUUUACAGUUUAAAAGAACUUAUGCACAGAGUUGGUAUGGACAAUUCAAAUCCAUUUGGUGGAAGAUGAACUUGUCUUACUGGAGGAACCCUUCUUAUAACCUGAUGCGUUUGAUUCACACAUUAAUCUCUUCUUUGAUCUUCGGCGCACUCUUUUGGAAACAAGGCCAGAAAAUAGAUACUCAACAGAGUGUGUUCACUGUAGUUGGAGCGAUCUACGGGGCUGUGCUUUUCUUGGGGAUUAACAACUGUUCAUCAGCUAUUCGAAAUUUAGAAACAGAACGAAAUGUUAUGUACCGUGAAAGAUUUGCAGGGAUGUACUCAGCGACAGCUUAUGCAUUAGGUCAAGUCGUGACUGAGAUACCUUACUUGUUCAUACAAGCAGCCGAGUUUGUGAUCAUAACAUAUCCUAUGAUCGGUUUCUAUGCUUCAACCUACAAAGUCUUUUGGGCAUUGUACUCUAUGUUCACUUCACUUCUCACUUACAACUAUCUCGCAAUGUUCCUCAUCUCCAUCACACCAAACUUCAUGGUUGCCUCGAUUCUUCAGUCGAUUUUCUAUGUUAAUUUUAACCUCUUUUCCGGGUUUCUGAUCCCUGAGACGGAAGUUCCAAGGUGGUGGAUUUGGUUAUAUUAUAUAACACCAACGUCAUGGACACUCAACGGGUUUUUCUCGUCUCAGUAUGAAAAUAUUCACGAGGAGAUCAUUGUCUUUGGAGAAUCCACGACGGCUUCAAAAUUCUUAGAAGACUAUUUUGGAUUCCAUCAUGACCGUUUGGCAGUUACAGCGGUUGUUCAAAUCGCUUUUCCUAUUGCAUUGGCUUUGAUGUUUGCAUUCUUUGUUGGCAAACUCAAUUUCCAAAGAAGAUGAUGAUCUUGGCGAUUUUCACCUUCCUAGUAUACAGUUUGUUUGUUUCUUGUGAA